AUGGCGCUCUCUAGAUCACAAACAGCGAAGCUGUUACCCGAGGGCAAUGUAUCCGCUACGAUUUUUCCGCCAAUCCGGGCUUGCAUUUUCGACAUAGACGGACUCCUCAUCAACUCUAAAGAUAUUAUUACUCUUUGCACGAACCGACUUCUCGAAAAGUACGGCAGGCCUGCCUUUACUCGGUCGAUUCGAUUCCAGAGCUGCGAACCGUUGCCUAGUGCGAAUAAGCUUCUUUCCGAUCUUAGUCAUACGCGAAAUUCCUCAGGAGACAAAAUCAAAUUAGCGCUGGCAUCUAGCAAGACGAAGCAGUUGUUAGAUUUCUUCGAGCCAAAGCAGCGGAUUCUAGGCGACGAUGCACAACUGCGAAAGGGUCGAGGGAAGCCGGCCCCUAACAUAUACCUAAUUGCGUUAAUGGGGAUGAAUGCGCUUGGAGAUGAUUGGCAAUUAGGGGAAAUUGAUGACGGCUGGGCUGAGUGUAUAUCUAGUCUGGAAGAAUUUAACCCUCAAAAAUAUGGUCUUGAGAUUGUAUAA